GCGCAGGAGGGCGGGGCCGGCGUGAGUCGCCGCGGGCCUGGCAAGGCGGCGGUGCGGGCGGUAACGGGCUGGUGAGGGCAUAAUGACUUCAACAAAUAAAGCAAUUGAGUUACAACUACAAGUAAAACAAAAUGCAGAAGAAUUACAAGACUUCAUGAGAGAUUUAGAAAACUGGGAAAAGGAUAUUAAACAAAAGGAUAUGGAACUAAGAAGACAGAGUGGUGUUCCUGAAGAGAAUUUACCUCCUAUUCGAAAUGGGAAUUUUAGGAAAAAGAAGAAAGGCAAAGCUAAAGAGACUUCUAAAAAAACCAAAGACGAAAACACAAAAAACAGGAUAAAAUCUUAUGAUUAUGAGGCAUGGGCAAAACUUGAUGUGGACAGUAUCCUUGAUGAACUUGACAAAGAAGAGAGUACUCAUGAUUCUGUGUCUCAAGAAUCAGAGUCGGAAGAAGAUGGGAUUCAUGUAGAUUCACAAAAGGCUCUGGCUUUAAAAGAAAAGGGCAAUAAGUACUUCAAACAAGGAAAAUAUGAUGAAGCAAUUGAAUGCUACACCAAAGGCAUGGAUGCUGAUCCCUAUAAUCCUGUCUUGCCAACAAACAGAGCGUCAGCAUACUUUAGAAUGAAAAAAUUUGCUGUUGCUGAGUCUGAUUGUAACUUAGCAAUUGCCUUGAAUAGAAGUUAUACAAAGGCUUAUGCAAGACGAGGUGCUGCUCGAUUUGCGUUGCAGAAAUUAGAGGAUGCCAAAAAAGAUUAUGAAAAAGUAUUAGAACUGGAACCAAAUAACUUUGAAGCAACAAAUGAACUCAGGAAAAUUAAUCAGGCUUUGACAUCCAAAGAAAAUUCAUGUCCAAAGGAAGCUGAUAUAAUGAUUAAGUCAACUGAAGGAGAGAGAAAAACUGAAGAGCAACGGAAUAAGCUGCAGGCCAUUUCAGAGAAAGAUCGGGGGAAUGGAUUUUUCAAAGAGGGCAAAUAUGAAAGAGCAAUUGAAUGCUAUACUCGAGGGAUAGCAGCAGAUGGCGCUAAUGCCCUUCUUCCUGCUAACAGGGCAAUGGCCUAUCUGAAGAUUCAGAAAUAUGAAGAGGCUGAAAAAGACUGCACACAAGCUAUUUUUUUGGAUGGCUCAUAUUCUAAAGCUUUUGCCAGAAGGGGAACUGCAAGAACAUUUUUGGGAAAGUUAAAUGAGGCCAAACAAGAUUUUGAAACUGUUUUACUUCUGGAACCUGGAAAUAAGCAAGCAGCAACUGAACUUGCCAAAAUUAAAAAGGAAUUAAUUGAUAAAGGACACUGGGAUGAUGUCUUUCUUGAUUCUACACAAAGGCAAAAUGUGAUAAAACCCAUUGAUAAUCCACCUCAUCUUGGAUCAACUAAACCACUCAAGAAGGUUACUAUUGAAGAAACUGGUAAUUUGAUAGAGACUGUUGAAGUGCCGGAAAGCAGUACUGUUGCUGCUGCUCUGGAGAGUGAUCCCACUAAUCUAGCAGGUGUAAUAGCAACCACAGGUGCUGCAGCUAAGAAGAAUUCGAGCCAAGAUGACCUUUUGCCCACAAGUGAUUUUCCAAAAGCAAAAGUAUUGAAAAUCGAAGAAAUUAGUGAUGCUUCAGGCCCACAACCUCGGAUCAAUUUGAAACAGGAUGUGUGCCAGUCUUUCAGUGAGAAGAUUUCUGUAGAAGUAGACAAAACACCUGCUCAGUUUACCACAACUGUUCUUCCUCAAGUUCCUGCAAACUCAUUUCAGCUUGAAUCUGAUUUCAGACAACUGAAAAAUUCUCCAGAAAUGUUGUAUCAGUAUUUGAAGCAAAUUGAACCAUCCUUGUAUCCUACGUUGUUUCAGAAAAAUCUAGAUCCAGAUGUAUUCAACCAAAUCAUUAAAAUUCUGCAUGACUUUUACAUUGAGAAAGAAAAGCCAUCACUCAUCUUUGAAAUCUUACAAAGACUUUCUGAACUAAAAAGAUUUGAUAUGGCAGUGAUGUUUAUGUCAGAACCUGAGAGAAAAAUUGCACAUGUAUUAUUCAAUCACAUAGACAAAUCAGGAUUGAACGAUAAUUCUGUUGAAGAACUCAAGAAAAGAUAUGGGGGUUAAUUUCCAUUUUUACUGAAAUUAUUCUUUGACUUUCAUAUGUAAAUUUUUUUCUACUGAAAAUAAAGUGUUUUGUUGUGCUUUUGAAGCAAACGAAAUCUUACAGGAAAGAACGUCUGGACAUGAGUUAACUAACUAUAAAGUGAAUUGUGAUUUAACUAGUGAGAAGUUACUUAAGUGAACUAUUUAUGUCUUUCUGAAAAUAAAAAUAUAAAUAAUGAGAUAUACUUGAUUAAAGAUCAGUAUUUUGUUUUAUAAGUCAUUUAAAAUGUUAGAUUAGGUAUAUUCUUCAGUGGAUCCUAGUGUUAUAUUAUUUUUAUAUUUUCAUGACUUUUUGUAACCAUGUGACAAGGUUGCUUCAUUAGCAUAUGCAUAAAGUUGUAUGGUAUAUUGGGAGUUCACUAGAUAACUAGAUUGUUUCUUUAUAAAACUUUUUCAUAUCGUUGUGUCAGUUCACUAACGUAAGAUUAUUUAGUUGCAGGAUAUGUGUUUUUGGUAUUUAUGUUGAAAGGAGACUUUUAAUUAAACUUUUUAAAUAGGUUAAUUCAAGUCACUGCAUCGAGUCACUGCAUCCUUAACUUUUAAUGCUGCAUUUUUUUUUCCCUCAUGAUAUCCAUGUUAUGUGUCAACUAAAGGCAGAUAAUCUAAAGCAAGCUGUAAAAAUUUUAAAAACUAAUAAUGCUUAAAGUAGUAUUUAGUGUGUAGCGUAUGUGGUGUGUGUGUGUAGUGUCUGUAAACUUUUGAAAGCUAGUAUUUUGCUCAUGCUUGUUCUGCAUAGUACCUUACAGUCCUUUGAAUGUCGUUAGGUGCUCAGUUGAUAUUUAUAAUAUUUAAUUGAAUUUGGCAAGAAUCAAUUUUAGUAAAUGUUUAAAGUAGCAGCCUAGCAAAUUUUGGGCAUCCUGUAAAUGUUGCUAAAACCAACUUAAUUUUAGAGGCUAUCAAGUUGUUAAAGUGUUAGAUCGCCAUCCUAUAGCUGCUAUCAGCAUCAAUAAGACGGUCAAAUUUAAGACUUAUUUUAUACUGUUGGUAAUUUUUGUUGCACCAUACAUGUUAUUAUGCUUACAAUUGCUUGAGGAAUAAUCAUAAUCUAUUUACAAAGAUAAUUUCCCCAGUUCAUGGUAUAAAUUAUUGAAAUGAUCAUACUUUGUAUAGCCUUAGUGUUUUACAAUACACUUAGGAUAGUUUAUUAAUAUUAUACAUUACUGAGUGUAUUGUCUCAUGGUAUAUGAACAAUGAAAUUUAGCCUUUUGUGUAUAAUUUAUACAUAAGCUCUAUGUAUUGAAUUUUGAAUGAUUUGAAUUUUCUCAAGUCGUUCAUAAGGAGGUGGUUUUGAUGUGCAGACAGGCAUUCUAAAGGCGAAAAAGUUGUUUCACAUGUUUUCUUAUGUGAUUUUUAGAAGAAACUUACAAGAUAGUCAGGGCAGGUAGUGUUAUUGCUGUUUUUCACAUAAGGAGACUCAAGAGAGUAAAUGUUUCCAUGAUUAUAGAGCUAAAAAAUAGCAGAGCAUGUUCAGAACGUGGUAUCUUUUCUUAAUCCACAGCUAUUUGACUACUCAAAGCUGCAAUAUGUGUGUUGUGUUUCCCCUCUAGAGACUGUGUACUGAAAAAGUAUAGAUCCCAAGAUUUACUUUAGAAUGUGCGUGUAAAUGUUUUUUUAAUGUUAGCCUGUUUUCUCCCAGAGACAGUUUCAUGCAAUGGUUAAGACGAAGGCUCUGGGGUCAGACUUGUCAUGUUUGAGUUCUGGCUCCAUCCUUCCCUGGGGCCUUGGACCAGUCACAUUUCUGUGCUUUGGUUUCCUGAUGUGUAGAAUGGGUGUACUAAUGCUUUCUACCUCCCUGGAUGAUUGUGAGAAUUAAAGGAGUGGACACA